AUGCAAAUCAGAACUGCAGUGACAUCACCUCACACCCGGCAGGAUGGCUGGGAUCGGAAUGACAGGAAGGGCCGCGCGCUGCUGAGAUCGGAGCCUCUUACCUGCCGGUGGAGGAUAGAGCUGCCCUACGACCCGGCGGCGACCCCAGUUCUGCGCUUUGAUCCAAAGAAAAGGAAAACACUGACUCACAAAGCUGUCCGCACCCCCGAGCCCCCUGCAGCGUCGUUCGCAGCAACACAGACGCGGAAACCACCUAAGCGUCCGAGGCUGGAUGGACGGACGGAGAAGACAUGCCUCCCCACCUCCUCGCCCAGCAGCGCCCCCUUACUGAACCGCCCACACCCUAAACCCCCUCAAAGAGGUGGGCUCUGGACCCCACCCACCCUGAGGGCUCCCCCUCCCCCACUGGACUCCCUAGCCCCCCCAGGUUCUUCCACCCCGCGCGUGUCCUGCGGGUCACCAGGAAGCCCCUUCGCGGGUUCCAUGGCCCUGUCCCCCCGGGUAACCCUGGACUGCUCAGUCCUUGCCCCGCUGGCAGAGGAGCCCUGGCCUGAGACCUAUGAAAUCCUCCUGGAGCCCGAGGCAGAGCCGAGCAGGGACAUCAUCCUGGUGGGCUCCAGCAAGCCGGCGCCCGGUUCGUGCCGGCCCCGCAGAGGUGUCGGUGCUUAUGAAGUCCAGGUGGACCGGAGAGACAUAGAAGGCAUGUGCAUCUGCUGCGGGAGCCUCCAGGUGCACACGCAGCACCCCCUGUUCGAGGGGGGGAUGUGCGCUCCGUGCAAGGACAAGUUUCUGGACUGCCUGUUCCUGUACGACGACGACGGCUACCAGUCCUACUGCUCCAUCUGCUGCUCCAGGGACACGCUGCUCAUCUGCGAAAACCCGGACUGCACCCGCGCCAAGCUCUGCGGCUCCCUCGGUCGGAGCCAGCCGGGAAGUGACGCAGAGCCCGCUCCCCCGGGGCUGGCGGGGGCGGAGGCCGAGCUCCAGCUGUGCUCCCUCCCCUGGGGUCCUGGGCCACCAUCCCACUCACAUGGUCCUCCCCCCACGCCCCCCCAGCUGGGGUCCUUGCACCUGUGUCCCUGGGAGCCCCUGACUUCCUGGCUCCGCAGAUGCUACUGCUUCAAGUGUGUGGACACCCUGGUGGCCCCCGGGACGUCGGGGAGAGUUCAGGCCACGAGCAACUGGGUGUGCUUUCUGUGCCGGCCCUUCCCGCGCAGCGGGCUCCUGCAGAGGCGCAGGAAGUGGCGGGGCUGGCUCAAGGCCUUCUGCGACCGGGAAUCGGAGACUCCCCUGGAGACCUAUGAAACGGUGCCCGUGUGGAAGCGAGAGCCGGUCCGGGUGCUGUCCCUCUUUGGGGACAUCAGGACAGAGCUCGUGAGUUUGGGCUUCUUGGAGGGUGGUUCCAACCCGGCAGGACUGAAGCACUUGGAUGAUGUCACGGAUGUCGUGAGGAGGGAUGUGGAAGGAUGGGGCCCGUUCAACCUGGUGUACGGCUCGACACCCGCCCUGGGCCACACCUGUGACCAUCCUCCGGCCUGGUACCUGUUCCAGUAUCACCGCGUCCUGCAGUACGCGAGGCCCCGGCCGGGCUGCCCGAAGCCCUUCUUCUGGAUGUUCGUGGACAACCUGGUGCUGACGCGAGAGGAACAGACCGUGGCCACUCGCUUCCUGGAGGCUGACCCCGUGACCAUCCAGGACGUCUGUGGCCAAGCCGUGCGGGACGCCGUGCACGUGUGGAGCAACAUCCCCGCCGUGAAAAGCAGGCACUCAGCCUUGGCCUCCCGAGAGGAACUGUCCCUGCUGGCGCACAACAGGCAGAGGACAAAGCCGCCCCUCCAGGGCCCAGCCAAGCUGGUGAAGAACUGCUUUCUCCCCCUGAGAGAAUAUUUCAAAUAUUUUUCAACAGAACUCGCUUCCGCUUUAUAAAUGAUAUAUUUUACCGAGGAGGGAAAAAAAAAAAGACUUUUCCUAGAAGUGGGGAACUUUCCUUACAUUGUUUCUUUUUUCCUUUCCAAAUUGUUAUUUUAUUUGCUUGACCUUGGAUUUCCCAAGAUUGCUACAGACACAUCUUUCCUUUGGGUGUGGUGACGCAGGGCACCUUGUCAGAGGGCGUGAGGCUCCCAGCACCCAGCCAGGGACACGAGCCUCAUGUUGGGAAGCAGAUUUGCCACUGAAAAUGUUUCUUGUGUGCCGGUUGAGAAGUUAAAAAUAUAUUUAUUGUGGUCGUCA